GCGUAGCUUUCCUGUUAGUGCAAAACAAGCCACAAGAUGAGACGGUGGUUGAAUUAUAUUAUUGUACUAGUGUGCGUUAGUGUCGGUGCAUAUUCACAAGAUUACACUCUUACACACCAUGAAGGUCAGAGCUUAGGGGAUCCAAUAGUGUCUCAUCAGCCCAAAGUAUUGUCUCCUUCCGGAGAAUUUCGUGGAGGUUAUAAUGUGACUCGUCGUGGUCGAAAGUUCGAAACUUACCGCGGCAUACGGUACGCUGAACCGCCGAUUGGGAACCUGAGAUUUCAGCCUCCUAAACUAAUUCUUCACUACAAAAGCCCUGUGGAUGCUAGUGAGGAUGGCCCAGCGUGUCCUCAGCCAACCAGACCAGGAUACUACGUUGAUGAAGACUGUUUAACUAUUAACGUUUACACUCCUCUUAAGGAGAACAGAUCUCAACCGUUGCCUGUAAUUUUCUACAUCCAUGGUGGAGGAUUUUACUCAUUAUCAGGUCGAAGUGACCGUGCUGGUCCUCACUACCUGCUUGAUCGAGAUAUCGUGCUUGUUACUAUCAACUAUAGACUUGGCUCGCUUGGUUUUCUCAGCACAGGUGAUGAAUUGGCUCCAGGAAAUAACGGUUUGAAAGAUCAAGUGGCAGCACUAAAAUGGGUGCAACGUAACAUUGCUGCUUUUGGUGGUGAUCCUAAUAGUGUUACUAUUGCAGGCUGCAGCGUUGGCUCCAAAAGUGUGAUGCUACAUAUGAUUUCACCCAUGUCAAAAGGUCUUUUUCAUCGUGGCAUCUCAAUGAGUGGGUCGCCGCUUUAUCCGUCGCCUUCACCAGAUAACUUGUACAAUCUGGCUGAGAAGCAAGCACGCGUACUGAACUGUCCCUCUGACAAUUCUAAAGUUAUCGUUGACUGCCUGAAGACGAAGACAGCACGAGAGCUCGGAGACUCUUUAAAAGGAUUCAAUAGUUAUCUCACGCAACGUUCCCCGAGCCGGUCACGUCGGUGAGACCGCCGCCCGCCCCGCCAAAGCCCAAGUCGCAAGCUUACCCUGUACAGCCUGGUGUACGUGAGAGCGCGACGGCGAUGGCCCGCCUGUGCAACCUGCCUCCAGCACCGACACACACCGACACAGUGUUCCCCUCAAGCCGCUCGCCAGCACACAGCGCCGUGUCACUGCCUGCGCCCAGGAUCAUCAGCCAGCCACCGUCGCCAGUUGGAAAACAGAUCGCCAGCGUACCGCCCACUGAGGCUGACUAAAUGACCACCAGGGAUCUAUUUAGAAUAGAAUAGAAUAUCUUUAUUUGUCCACACACAAGUGAACAAAAGUUGUGGCGCUGGUUUUCAGGUGAAACCUUGUGUGUUCACGGACGUGUCUACGACUAUGGUUAACUUAAAACUUACAACAAACCAAAUCUAUUCCUGAUGAUAACAAUAUAUGUAUAUUAAACUAAAGUUUAAUAAGUUUAAUUAGUUCGUGCCAUUUUGUAUGGGGCGUUUUUCAGGGAUCCGUGGCAGCGCCGCAAAUCUGACCAUUUAAAUCCCUGUAGCUCCGAAAGUAAUGAUCGCAAAUACCCUGUUCCUUUUACAAAAUUGCUUUACUAUUAGCAUACUCUUAAUUUAUACAAUUUAAAAAUCUGUCAUCAUCCCUAUUGGCCGUUAAGGGUUACUAUGUAUCCCGAACCACCGACGAUCUAUUACAUCGUUUUUAGUUUCGCCAUGUUAGUCUGUCUGUCCGCGAUUUAGUGCAGAGACUACAAUGCUGUAUAGUCUGGCAAGCUCGUUGAUGACACUCGUGGUGUGAAAUCGUGCGUGCGGGGAAGUGAGGUGCAUCAGUCGUGGGUUUUUCAUUCAUCGCUACACGGCCCCCGGCCUGCGCAGACCAUCGGGAGUGUUACGAACGAAGUUGCCAAGCUAUAAUUUAGCAUGACUAUGAACAUCUUCCGAUGUUGAUUUAUCGUUAUUUAAUGUACCUAUUGGAGUUAUUUAUACCAUUUUGCCAGAUUUUCUCAUAAAAAUGUUUAUUUACACAAGUCAAUUUGUAUAUACUUAUUGCAUUAACUUGUAUUGUCGGUAUAUUUUUUUUUAUAAUUCAAGUUCCAAAUGAUGACAGAAGAUAUUUAUCAGUAUAAAAAUAUGCAAACGUCAUGUAUUGGAUGGAUACCUAUGUAUACCUAAACAUGUAAAAAAAAUAAUAAGAAUUAACCCUUAGCACCACCCGUUAUUUCCAACCAAACAUAUAACACACACUCGUGGGGGAGCUAGGUCCGCCAUAUAUCAUACUAGCGGACGCCCGCGACUUCGUCCGCGUAAAUUUCGAUGUCAACUUUACUACUACCCCUACCCUACCCUACCAAUACCCCAACGCUACCCUACCCUACCACUACCCCAACGCUACCCUACCCAACCCCUACCCUACCACUUCCCUAUCCUACCCGUACCUCUACUCUACCACUACCCUACCUCUACCCCUACCCUACCACUACCCUAAACCCGGCCCUAAACCUACCCUACCCCUACGCUUCCCUACCCGUACCCUACCCUACCCUGUAACUUCUCUAUCUUACUCCUACCCUUAGCAAAAUCGGUCCAGUCCUUCGAGAGUGGUGGUAUGACCAAGAGAAAUAGAGACUUCUAUGCUAAUAAUAUAAAGAGGUAAAGUUCGUGUGGUUGUAGGAGGUAAUCUCUGGAUCUACUGGACCGAUUUGGAAAAUUGUUUUACCAAUAGAAAGCUACGUUAUUUGCGAGUGUCAUAGGCUAUGUUUGAUCCCCAUAUUCACACGGGAACGGAAACUACGUAAAUGAAAGCGCCGUGCGUCAUAUAGCGGAAUUUCUGCGUCUUUUAGAAAUUUCGUAUUAUCUCCGAAACUAUUUAACUAAUUAACAUACUGUAAAGGGCAAAUCGUAUCUCCAUAAUAUCCUGGUGAUUAUUAAAUAAUUUAUUUUAAUAAGGAUUAAAGUUUAGUUGUAUAAAUAAUGACGUUAACCCAAGUAUAUAAAAUUAAUAAUUUUUAAAACACAAAAGGUACUAUAUCUGCUAAUAUAUAGAAGAUAGAUGUAUGGUGUCGCGGACUUUUUUGUAGAACUUUUAAAGAUACAUAAAGUCUAUAUACAUUAAUUUCAAUUUUACACAAUAGUUAAGGCAGCGCAUGCGAAUAAGUCUGUUUAAGAGGAUUUUCAAUCCGACCUGUAUGACAAAAACUGUGAUAACUCGGCUAAUAUAUAUGAUACCAAUAUAAAAUAUAGCCUAUAGCACUCCCCGAUAAUGUAGCAUUCUACUGGUGAAAGAAUUUUUAAAAUCGGACCAGUAGUUCCGAAGAUUACCCCAUUUAAAAAAUGUGACAAACUUACAAACUUUACCUCUUUAUAAUAUUAGUAUAGAUUUUAUUUAAUUGGAAAUUAACAUUUUAUUUCAGUUUUUUUUUUGGUAAAAAUAAAAAUAUUAAAAGACAUAAUAUUACUAGUCAGCAAACAUUAAACAAAAAUGUAAUAUUUAUAUCGUGUUACUUAAAAUAAGUAGGUAAAGUUUGAAGUUUUGGUAACAUUUUUUUUAAAUCUAAUUCAUGACUGACUAUAGAAACUGAAGAACAAAGACAAUUUAACUUUAAAAAUUUACUUGAUUUUUGAAGUUAAAUUGUCUUUCUACGUUAACUUUUAAUAAUUACUAACUUACUCUUUUUAUAUAGGUAUUGAUGUAUCUAUGCUCAAUGUACCUGUACAACUAUUUUUAAUUAAUAAAUGUUUAAUAUUUUAAUAUAUAUUUUUUUAUUAAUCAAGGAUGUAUUUUAUCACCAAUGCCUAUGGGGUACUCAACAUAUACUUAAGGGGAGUAAUUCAUGGGGAAGGUCAUGCAAAACUAGAAUAAAGGAUUUCAAAUUUUAGGUCAGCGUGUUGCAAAUCUAUGUUGCUACAAGUAGAUGACAUUAGUAUUGAGUCACUACAUCAUUUUUAGGGUACCGUAGUCAACAAGGAACCUAUUUAGUUUCGCCAUGACAGUUUGUCUGUCCACAGUUUAGCUCAGAAACUAUUACUACUAGAAAGCUGUAAUUUAGCAUGUAUGACGUAUGUACAUGUAUUUUGAAUGUGUGUACAUUAAAAAAGUUUCGACAAAGUCGUAAAAUUUAAUCUUGAAAAAACCUGCCAUGUGCGUGCGGGCCACGCGCAGUGAAGGGUCCCGUAGAUUAAGAUAGCACUUUAAUCCCUUAAAUAAUGCACAAAAAUGUACCCUUUGGUCCCACGUUUGUAUGGAGACUAGGUUUCUCCAUUCAUCUGUGGUCCAGAUUCCAGGUCAUCCAGAAGUGGAUAAACAUUUUGAUGCAUAUCUUUAAGUACCUACUCGUAUAUCAUUAUAAAAAUAACGAUUUUUAAAAUGAUAUAAA